AUUCACUCACUCACAAAGGAAGGAAAAUCAUCCUCGCAGACUCCCUCCAACAUCAACUACCCAUUUUUAUACAUCGUCAUCUUCAACGUCUGGGUUUCCCCAACUCUCUCUCUCUUCUUUCUCCCUCUAGAAAACCUCGAUUGCUCCUGCCAUGGCGAUUUCCUUACCUUCCACCACCAUUUCACCCCUAACCUCCGACCAUUCCUGCAAUUUCAUUUGCUCUUCAAUAACAACAAGAACUGCUAAUAAGUAUUCUUCUUCUUCUUCUUUGUCUUCUCUGCAACAACAAUUUCCAUGCCAGCUUCGUCGUCAGCUUCGUAUUGGAAAUUCUCGCUCUCUCUCUCAUCAACCUUCCAGAGUUAGAGUUCUUCCUCUGGUACAAGCAAAGCAGCAGACAUUUACUACCAUUGAUGAGUUGCUCAGCAAUUCUGACAAACCAGUUUUAGUUGACUUCUACGCUACAUGGUGUGGUCCUUGUCAGUUUAUGGUUCCAAUUCUUGAACAAGUGAAUACCACUUUGAAAGACAAAAUCCAGGUGGUUAAAAUUGAUACUGAGAAAUAUCCAGAAAUUGCUGACAAGUACAAGAUUGAGGCUUUGCCUACAUUUAUUCUAUUCAAGGAUGGGAAACCUUGCGAUCGCUUUGAAGGUGCAUUGCCUGCAGAUAAGCUAAUCCAACGCAUUGAGACUUCUUUGGCAGUAAAAUCAUGAUUCUGAGAUUCGCCUGAUAUAUAGUGAUUCUUUGGCAACUUUGUAUGUGCACGUAAUUGUUGCCUUUGAUCUAGCAAGAUACACUCAAAAAGAGGAAAUUACAUUUGAGAUUCAGAGAAAUGAAAUUAUUGUCUUAUACAUUGUACCCAUGAACCAGCUUAGAUAUUUUUUUGGUUUAUGUUAAAAACUAAAAAUCGACAAAUAUCAUGAUAUCUCAGCAUUUAUUUUGUGGAAUGAGAUUGAAUUUCUUGUGGUUACAUAGAAUAAUCAAUAGCUUAAUUUGUCAAAUUAAUGUUUUGGGGACCAACUUCUAUGUAUAAUACUUUAGCCUGUUGGUUGGUUAAUAA